GUUGAUUCUCGCGAACGGCGUAAUUCGACUCCUCUGAAGAAGUGGCACACACUAUGCACAUCUAACACCACUCAUAUAUUAUAUCAAAUAAAGUCGUGAAAAUUUACAUCGAAUCGGUGUGACGCCGUUGCAGUUCUAGGCGGAACAGCUGCGAGCAACAACAAACAAGCAGAUCCAGCGGAUACAUAAACAAGAGCAGCUACCCGCUGCAACCCCUCGGAAUCAAACCGAAAGCCAACCCACCACCACCGCCACCACACUAUCGCCCGCACCACCCGAACAAUAACAGCCCAUCUGUAAACGAAAACCUCCGCCAAUUAUUAUAUUACUGUUUAAAAUCCACGAAAUCCACUAGGCAACAUGGCACUGGACUUUGUGGCCACCUAUAAGGUACUGGUGCUGGGCGACUCCAAUGUGGGCAAGACCUGCAUCGUCCACAGAUACUGCGAUGAGAAGUACUACGACACAUACAUCUCCACCAUAGGCAUAGAUUUCAAGCAAAAACUGAUUAACCUCGAUGGGGUGCCCAUAAAACUACAAAUCUGGGACACGGCCGGCCAGGAGAGAUUCCGGACACUGACUACGGCGUAUUAUCGCGGUGCGAUGGGCAUCCUGCUCAUGUACGACGUGACCAACCUAGAGAGCUACAAUAACCUGUCCUACUGGUUGCGCAACAUCCAAGAGAACGCAUCUCCGGACGUGGUCAAGGUGUUGGCGGGCAACAAAUGCGAAUGCUCGUCCACCCAGCGCAUGGUGGACAAGGAGCGGGGCGAGAAGAUUGCCGAAAACUUUGACAUGCCCUUCUUCGAGGUCUCUUGCAAGUCAAACAUCAAUAUUGAGGAUGCGUUUCUUUCCCUGGCCCGCAAAAUCCGCGAACAAAGGGAGAGGCGGGGUGAUAACUUUGACAACGACGAGAGCAAAGACAAGAAAUCGCCCGGCUCGAACGGCCUCGGCACCUUUAGUCUUGGGAGUCUUUCCGGCGAGAAUCGCUGCACCUGCUAAAUACUCAUCGAUGGAUUACGAUGUGAUCGCAACCGCAAACCGAAACCGCAAAAUAAACAGCAGACCUGAACCAGUUGUCCAAAGCCAUUGAGCCAAGUUCGUGCUUAGAUCACGUUUUAAAUGCCAACCAGCAGUGGAGGGGCCCGCGGCAUUGCACUCGAUGGGAAGCGUUCAGAAUGUGCAUUUUAAGGUACACAUAGUCCAAGAGAACAUAGCAUAAAUAUUUUAGCAUAUUCCUGCAAAUACAUAAAGGUCGAUUAUACAUGCAUAUUGUCUCGAUUCCAAUAAUUAUAAUCUUAUGCUAAAUACAUUUAUACUCGUAAGAAAUUGAA